AUGCACGCACGCUCGCUGGCGCACAGCCAUGUGACUGAGGCUCUGGAGGAGGCGGCGGAGGGGCUUGUGUCAGAGCUGACAGCGGCCCACAAAAACGGCGGCAGCAGCGGGGCUGGGUUUGGCGGCGGCGGCGCCACCCCCCUCAACAACAGCGCGGCCGGAGGAUCGUUUGCAAACGGCGGCGGCGGCGGCCUGUACAGCAGCGGCAGCGGCGACGGCGUGCAAGGGGGCCAGGGCGCGCCGGCGCCGGGGCUGUGCGCGUCCCCUGCGGCGCUGUGCCGCGCCGCGGCGGUGGCGCUGGUGAGCCCAGUCUUGGAGGACUCUGGCGGCCAUAGCGCCCUCGAGGCACUGGCGCGGGCCGUCCGUGGCUGGCCGGAGGCGCAGCGUGAGGUGCUGCUGCGGCUGCUGCGCGCCUGGGGGGCGCGGGACAUGAGGAGGGCGGUUGCGACCUGCCAGCAGUACAUCACUCUGACGCUGUACACGCAAAUGAGCAUCACGCCGGGCGUGGAGGCAGUGACCGCGCUGCUGGGAUUGCUUCACGAGGCAUGCGAGGAGUCAGGCGCCGUGCCCUUUGCGGAGUUCUACAACGGCGCGAUCAACGCGGAGGACUUCAACGUGCAGGAGGAUUUCCGGCGCUGGAAGUCGCCCCAGCGGUACGGCUUCUCGUUCUGCCAGCACCCGUUUGUGUACGACCCGGCGUCUAAGGCGCGCGUGCUGCAGCUGGAGAACCAGAUCGCGCAGUUCCAGCAGUUUGAGUCCAGCAUGAUGCAGGCGAUGCUGGGCGGCGCGUCGUCCCCCUUCCUCGUGCUGCGCGUGCGGCGCGGGCCCCACCUUCUGCGGGACACCCUUCUCCAGAUCAACAGGGCCAAGGACAAGGCAGACCUCAGAAAGCCACUCAAGGUCAGGGCUGCGCGCGUGACCCCAGAUUCGUUAUCCUUCUGA